UGCAGCAACCAACCCUGGAGCUAAACUUGUACACACACACACACGAGCACACACACACACACAUUUACGCGCACGCGCAAUGUUUGAUUACUGUAACGAUGUGUGCGAAGUGAACGUCGGAAUCUACGGUGAGGAGAUUCGUCUCGCUGAACAUGAAAUCUUAAGCGAUAAAGAAUCUCUUUUUUUCUUGGUUUAAGAUGGAUACAUCUCUCUUUAGUUUCACCGGAGAGCGUCACACACUUCAAGCUUGAUCUGCACUUUAGUAAUUUGUGGGUUCUUUCUUCACGAUGGAGUUGCUCGAGUUGUUCGACGUCCAACAGAUGUUCAACGACUCGCGUUUUCAGGGGAAUUUGAGUGAGCUAGAUGCUGUAGACGAGCCUUUACCUAAGAGCGCAAAGAUCACUGUCGUUGUGGUCUACUUAAUAGUGUGCGUGGUGGGGCUCGUGGGGAACUGCCUGGUCAUGUAUGUAAUUAUAAGGUACACAAAGAUGAAAACUGCCACCAACAUUUACAUCUUUAACCUGGCCUUGGCUGAUGCACUAGUGCUGGCGACUCUUCCUUUCCAAGGCACAGAUGUCAUCCUUGGUUUCUGGCCCUUCGGUCUGGCUCUGUGCAAAGCUGUGGUGGCCAUUGACUAUUACAACAUGUUCACAAGUGUUUUCACCCUGACCAUAAUGAGUGUGGAUCGCUACAUAGCCGUCUGCCACCCUGUGCGCUCCCUGACAGUUCGUACCCCGCUCCGGGCCAAGCUUAUCAACGUGGCUGUGUGGGUGCUGGCGUCAGCCGUAGGACUGCCUGUUAUGAUCAUGGGUCAGGUGGAGGAGGAGAAGGAUGUUCACGGUGCCGAAUGCAUACUGAACUUGCCUAAACCAAGAGAACACUGGUGGCCUGUGUUUGUGAUUUGUGUGUUCCUCUUCUCUUUCUUGAUUCCUGUGGUGAUCAUAAGUGUCUGCUAUGGGUUGAUGGUACGACGUCUGCGCAGUGUCCGUCUCCUGUCUGGUUCUAGAGAGAAGGACCGGAAUCUGAGGAGAAUCACCUAUAUGGUACUGUCUGUGGUCGCUGCUUUUGUGUUGUGCUGGAUGCCAGUGCAGGUCUUGGCUUUGAUCCAGGCCUUGGGCCAUGUGGAUCUUGGAACCAGCCAGUCCUCGAUGGCAGCCAUGCAUUUCUGCAUUGCUCUGGGCUAUGCUAACAGUUGCUUAAACCCUGUCCUCUAUGCCUUCUUGGAUGAAAACUUCAAGAGGUGUUUCCGUGAGUUCUGUAUCCCGACCAACUCCAGUUUGUUCCUAGAAGAGCAGCGCAAGAGGUCACUGAGGCAGGAGAGAGAAUGUGCUGAGGAGGAAGAAAAAGAGGUGGUUAUUGAUGAAGUUGCCAUUCCAGUGUGUGCAGAGUAGAGCUUUUCUAAGUGACCGUAUUCUUGGAUGGCAAGAAACUUCACUAACAGUUCAGUAAAGUUAUGCGAACAUUGCUACUUUUGUCUGGUUUAAAGUUUUUUUAUUUAUCUUUAGCUGACAGAUUAUUUGUGAUGAUUCAGAAUUAUAAAUAUGGAUAUACAAGACCAUUGUUUCACAUGGGACAAAAGGGCUUUUUUUU